AUUCAAAGCAUGUGCAAUAUUUAGCGUACAAAAGGCACGUGUUGUCGAUGUCGUGAAAAACCAGAUUUAUUAACAAUAAUUGUGAUCAAAAGUGAUUGUGAUUACAAUGAAUGACACAAAACUCGAUACAUUGAUCAUCAAAAACAUAUCACCGAAACUGAGUUACGAUGAAAGAGAGGACCUGUUGGCACACUUCGGGGCCAAGACUGUCACCAAUUCGCCCAACUAUUCGUACGCUGUGUUCGAGACGGAGAGCCAAUCGCGGGAAGCGAUGACACGAUUGCAUCAGCUCUUGGUUUUGGGACAACGACUUCGCGUGGAGUUCGCCACCAAUUGUCACCGCAAUCGCGUCCAACAGUUGCCGCCCGUCAACGAACCCCAUCGACAACAGAAAUCACACGAAGAGAGCGCCGAAGCGCUGAAGGAGAUAAAGUUGAGGGCAUUUCUCAAUCAAUUGAAUUACGUGUCGCCGGCUCUGGGACUCAAUUACCUGCCGUCACCGCUGCUGAGGUACAGCUAUCCGACGGCCUCGCCGUUGAUAGUGAACAAUAUCGCGCACACACUUCUGUCUCAUCCGAGGUUUUACACACAAGUACUGCAUUUGAUGAACAAAAUGAACCUUCCGGUGCCCUUUCACGCCGACCCCAUCAACCGACCAAACCUAUUGACAUUCCCGGCCGCCGUCGCCAGUCAUACCAUUGCGACUGAUAUGAGUGGUCAGAAGCGUCUGUUGGUCUGUUCGUCGGAGUCGGAGCUCGAAGUCAGUGAUACUGAAGACAAUCUCAAUGCGAAGGCAAUUGUGGCGAAACCCCCGAAGAGAGUGAAGAAAAAGUUGAGGACAGGGUUUGUGGGCGAGAAAGCGGUGUUUGUCGAUGAGUCGCGUCCAUUGAAACGCCAGCCAAAGCCUAAACCCUCGUCGGAAUCGUUGCCCGAUGUGUUUGAAGUGCCGCUCACUUGUGAACCCAAAUUCGUGACCAAUAUUGCCGUCAAUAUUGUAUCCGAUUGUCGAUCAAUGAACGAAUUGGCCGACGCGGCCGCCAAACACCCAAUUAAACCCUCUGUUAGUGGUUUUGGUGUAAUGAGUGCUCAACAGAAACAGCAAAUUGAAAAGUGUGUGGAAAUAGUUUGGGACAAGAAUAAUAUGAUUACUGAUGAAGAAUUGGCUGCCAAUCGGUUAUUGAAGAGUCAGUGGAUUAAAUACCCGGUGUUUAAAAACUAUAGCUCCGGUCAGACAUCCAUACGAUUGUACGUUAAAAAUAUUGAUAAAAGUGUCGAAACAAACGAUUUGAUGAGAAUUUAUGGCAAAUAUGUUGACUGGGAAUCAGACGUUCACCGGAAUAUGUUUGACAUCCGUUUGAUGAAAACGGGACGAAUGAAAGGCCAGGCAUUCAUUACACUACCGGAUGAGACGUUUGCCACCAAAGCUCUCAACGAAACGAAUGGAUAUCUCUUUAAUGACAAACCAAUAGUUGUGUCAUUCGCCCGCUCUAUAAAGCCUAAGGAAACCGAAUCAUUAAAAUGA